GCAGCGUCACGUUUUGCGUCGCUCUGACGCAGGGGGUUUCCAUCAUGGCGUCGAUGCAGAAAAGACUACAAAAGGAACUAAUGGCUUUGCAAAAUGAUCCACCCCCUGGAAUGACACUCAAUGAGAAAAGUGUACAGAACACCAUCACACAAUGGAUUGUAGAUAUGGAAGGAGCCACGGGCACACUCUAUGAAGGAGAGAAAUUUCAGCUGCUUUUCAAAUUCAGUAGUCGGUAUCCUUUCGAUUCACCUCAGGUAAUGUUCAUGGGAGAGAAUAUACCUGUACAUCCUCACGUUUAUAGCAACGGUCACAUCUGUCUUUCAAUACUAACAGAAGACUGGUCGCCAGCCCUCUCAGUGCAGUCAGUCUGUCUCAGCAUUAUCAGUAUGCUGUCCAGCUGCAAAGAAAAGAGACGGCCCCCUGAUAACUCCUUUUACGUAAAAACGUGUAACAAGAAUCCGAAGAAGACAAAAUGGUGGUAUCACGAUGAUACAUGCUAAUUCACUUUCAAAAAGUCCUACUGUCCCACAUAAAGCACUUUUGAAUCAUACAGUCACUGAACUCUGACCUUUUGACUGGAACAAUGGACACCGUGAUACCCCGGAGACUCUUUUUUUUAUUUUUUAUUUUUUAACUGCAUUUCCCAGAGGGCAGUUGGGUGCAUGUUUUUGCCGGUUGUAAUAUACAAAAUGAGAAAAUAAAGGAAAGUUAUAUGUCCCAAGCGCGGAUUGUUUUGGCCAAAAGGUCGUUAUGCAGCCAGCAAAAAGCAAUGGUUUUGAAGUGAAGAUUAUUUUAUUAUUAUUGUUUUAAGAUUAUUCUUAUUUCCCUUUGUUCGUUUGAGUACAUUUAAAAGGUCGUUGUGUAAUAAUAAUAAUAAUAAUGGUGGAUGCAAACCAGGAAGAGGAUCUGAGCAUCUAAUACCAGGAAGAGGAACUGAGCAUCUAAUACCAGGAAGAGGAACUGAGCAUCUAAUACCAGGAAGAGGAUCUGAGCAUCUAAUACCAGGAAGAGGAUCUGAGCAUCUAAUACCAGGAAGAGGAACUGAGCAUCUAAUACCAGGAAGAGGAUCUGAGCAUCUAAUACCAGAAAGAGGAUCUGAGCAUCUAAUACCAGGAAGAGGAUCUGAGCAUCUAAUACCAGGAAGAGGAUCUGAGCAUCUAAUACCAGGAAGAGGAUCUGAGCAUCUAAUACCAGGAAGAGGAUCUGAGCAUCUAAUACCAGGAAGAGGAUCUGAGCAUCUAAUACCAGGAAGAGGAUCUGAGCAUCUAAUACCAGGAAGAGGAUCUGAGCAUCUAAUACCAGGAAGAGGAUCUGAGCAUCUAAUACCAGGAAGAGGAUCUGAGCAUCUAAUACCAGGAAGAGGAUCUGAGCAUCUAAUACCAGGAAGAGGAUCUGAGCAUCUAAUACCAGGAAGAGGAUCUGAGCAUCUAAUACCAGGAAGAGGAUCUGAGCAUCUAAUACCAGGAAGAGGAUCUGAGCAUCUUAACCCCAAAAAACUAAAAUAUUUUUGCUUUUACUGAAAUUAAAUGCACUGUGAAAAAAAAUCUAGGGGUACAACUAACUCAAUGUUAGUUAUUCCAGACAUGCAGUUAACGUCUACUGUAAAAACACAAACAUCACCACUUCCUGUUUUCAGGGGAUAAUACGGUUUUAAAUGGCUUUACUUUUAACCCUUUAAUCAAGUGCAGUACUUCCUCUCUGCCUUCCAUCUUCCAAGGACUGACUUGAUUUCAGAAGUUGUGAAUUUGUCUGGUCUAUGUGUUGGCUAGAAUGUUGGUACUGACCAGGUUGAGACAAAAACGACAGUUGGAACUCUUUAAUUCGCUGAGACUGUUUACGUACCUCUCUAGAAUAAUAUAGGCUGCACACGAAGUGGUGUUUGCUAGUCCAUUCGGUAAAGCCCAGUGGUGUGGUGUGAACAUCACCUCCGUGAAAACAUCACAUCUGUGUAAAGCCCAACGGUGUGGUGUGUGAAAACAUCACCUCUGUGUAAAGCCCAACGAUGUGGUGUGUGAAAACAUCACCUCUGUGUAAAGCCCAACGAUGUGGUGUGUGAAAACAUCACCUCUGUGAAAACAUCACCUCUGUGUAAAGCCCAGAGUUGUGUGUGAAAACAUCACCUCUGUGUAAAGCCCAACGGUUUGGUGUGUGAAAACAUCACCUCUGUGUAAAGCCCAGAGUUGUGUGUGAAAACAUCACCUCUGUGUAAAGCCCAGAGUUGUGUGUGAAAACAUCACCUCUGUGUAAAGCCCAACGGUGUGUGAAAACAUCACCUCUGUGUAAAGCCCAACGGUGUGUGAAAACAUCACCUCUGUGUAAAGCCCAAUGGUGUGUGAAAACAUCACCCCUGUGUAAAGCCCAACGGUGUGUGAAAACAUCACCUCUGUGUAAAGCCCAACGGUGUGUGAAAACAUCACCUCUGUGUAAAGCCCAACGGUGUGUGAAAACAUCACCUCUGUGUAAAGCCCAACGGUGUGUGAAAACAUCACCUCUGUGUAAAGCCCAACGGUGUGUGAAAACAUCACCUCUGUGUAAAGCCCAACGGUGUGUGAAAACAUCACCUCUGUGUAAAGCCCAAUGGUGUGUGAAAACAUCACCCCUGUGUAAAGCCCAACGGUGUGUGAAAACAUCACCUCUGUGUAAAGCCCAACGGUGUGUGAAAACUGUUGUGAUCCAUUUGUAUGCUACGUUGGUUUGUUUUUGAUGAGAUGAAUGCUUUAAUCUCCUAAAAACAUAUUUUACGA